AGUGCUUUGGCUUUUAUAAUUUAUCAUCUCAUCCAUGUGCUGAGAGAGAAGUAGUAGUUGCUGCUUACUUAACUGUCACUGAUUCAGAUUUCUAAACACAAACACUUUCAGAAAUCCAAACACCAUGUGCUCAUUCACUCUUCCUACAAUCAGCUCUUUAUUUUCCAAAUUCCAAUUCUACCCUCGCCCAUUCACUUCCCCUUCUUCUUCCUCUCGCCUCGUCUGCCACGUCGGAUCCAAUUCCAAUGCUCAACGCGCUGCCACUCACCACAACUUCGUCUUGCACGACGCGCUCGAUGCUUCUGGAAUCGACACCACCCAUGCCAGAGAAGCUAGAGAGCAAUUCUGCACACAAAUUGGUAGAUUUACGGAUAUUGAGAAGGAAACUAGCAUUUGUAUCAACAGGUGUGUUGAUUUAGGGAGAACUGUGCUCAACAUAGCUGCAGAGGAUGAUUCUUUGGUGUCACAUUCAUCAGUUCCACUUCCCGUGGAUGAUUUCAUUACAAGAUUAGAUGAUCUUUCAAUGGACUACUGUCCUCACUACAGCCGUGAAUAUGAUUCACUGCCUGAGAAGUUUUUAGAGAGCUUAGAGAGAUUUCUAUAUGAUCACAAGGGUUUCAGAAGAGCCACUUCAAAUCUAUCGGAGCCACGAGCACUUUAUCUCCACUCGGUUUUGACUCAUCGUUCAGGAUCAGCUGCAAUGCUGUCACUUAUAUACUCUGAAAUUAUGAAAAUGCUUCGUUUGUGGGGCCUUUUGUAUUUUGAUGCUGAAAUCUUCUACCCUCAUGAUUCUUUUACCCUUCCCAAAGGCUAUCACAAGCAGAAAAGCAAGGAGUCAGACCAAGCCCACAUAAUGACUUCAGGAAACCUUUUAGUUGAGAUCUUAAAUGACUUGAAGCAUGCAUUCUGGCCUUUUCAACACGAUAACACCAAAACUUUAUUCUUAAGGGCAGCAAAUGCUGCUAACUGUGUUGACAGGUCUGAUUUUGUUGGAGAAAGUGGCUCACAAAUUGCAUCAGCUAAGGCUGCUCAACAUAGGCUAGAUCGAGGUGUUUGGACCAGUGUGCGUUUUGGAGACAUGAGACGUUCUUUGUCUGCAUGUGAACGUCUUAUCCUGCUGAAAAAUGAUGCAAAUGAGUUAAGAGAUUACAGCAUUCUUCUCUAUCAUUGUGGAUUAUAUGAGCAGUCACUGGAAUAUCUGAAGAAGUACCGGGAACUAAAGAACUCAUCUACACAAGAGACGUCAUCAUCAAACUCUCUUAUCAGCCUGGAAGAAGAUGCUGUGGAUAACCUGAUGAUGCGCUUGAAUCUCGUCUUGAUGGAGCAUGGGUGGACUCGGCCAUCUUAUGCCAGGAAUUAUCUUGGUAAUAACUCUGAACCAUGGUAGUUCCUCUACCACGUUGACUGAGACAACAUCAAAGAAGAUUUGCAUCAAGACCAUAUCGGAAACGAAAGGAGAUGGUUCAUGGAGGCAAGUUUUGUUGUAUUUUCUGGACACCAACUGUGGGAUUCGGGGAUGCAUGCAGCUGUAGUUCCAAUAAUUGCAUGCUUUGCAAUCAUACAAAUAAAAAGGUGAUCAAAACUGCUGAAGUGGACGAGAUUGUCCAAUAAAUAGAGAUAUUGCACAUAGGUUGAUUGAAAGUAACAACCUUAUAUUUAUGUAGGGGAGCAAAGAAAUUCCUCUAUUACCUGUGUUCCAGUAAUUAUAUAAUUAUGUACCUUUAUGCACAUUUACUCUGUAAAAUUCGUGUAUAUACUAAACAGCCAAACAGGUUUUUCUCUGACAAAUAUAGAUAUGAUAACAGAAGUAUUGUUGAACCAA